UCUCUCUCUCUCCUCAAGGAACUUGUAACCUCUUCCCCUGUCUGGUUUCCUGAGCUGGAAUGGAGGAACCACACGAAUCUCUGGAAGAUGCUUUGUUGUUCGCCCUGGAUGACCUCUCCGGGGAAGAUUUCAAGAGGUUCAAGCAUAAACUCAGCUUUCCCUGCCUGGAGGAGAAGGAGCCCAUCCCCUGGGCCAAGUUAAAGGAUGCCCACACACUGGAUGUGUUGCAGCUUCUCCUGGAGGCCUACGGGGAUCAGGGCGCGCAAGACGCAACGGUCAAAGUCCUCCGUGCCAUCAACAUGCGAGAUUCCGCCUCCCGACUCCAAAAAUGGAAGUAUAAUGAUCGCAGGAGGAAAUAUAAGAGGCACAUCCAAGAGGUUUUUCAAAAUCUUCCUCAACUUGGCCCUCACCCCAAUCGGAGGAUGUCCCUCCGGGAGGACUUUGUAGAACUUCUUCUGAAGAGGAGAGCAGAUCUGCCCACGAAAAGUCAUGAGGUGAUGGCUGUGGAAAGAAAGCACCAGGAGAUUAAGAACCAUUGAGAAGAUGGCCCAAAAGUUGAUCUGGAGAACUUAUUUCAUCCCCAUCCUGAAGGAGAAAACUCAAAAACUGUCCUGUUGCUUGGACCUUCUGGAGUAGGUAAAACCACAGCCACGUGGAAAUUCAUGUUGGACUGGGCAUCCGAUAAACUAUGGCCAAACAAGUUUAAGUAUGCCUUUUAUAUCUCUUGCAACGCCCUCCGAUGUGGCACCAAGCUUAUGAAUGCAGCCUCAACAGCCGUCCUCCAGAAAUGGUUUCCAUGGAGGACAUUUUGGCCAACCAAGACAACCUCCUCAUCAUCAUUGAUGGUCUUGAGGACUUGAAGCUCUCUGAUGUCCCAACUGAUAUGCUGGACAAGGAUCCCCAUCGAAAGCAAGAGGUGGUGAACCUGUUGAUGGGUCCACUCAAGAAAAAGAUCCUCCCAAGUGUCAUCUCCUGGUGACCACAAGGCCCAUGGGUGGGAGCCUGCUGUUGAAGUGUCUGAGAUCACCACUCCUGGUAGACGUGUUGGGCUUUGACCCUCUUCAGAGGAAGGAAUGUUUCCGCCACAUCUUUCAAAAUACGGAACAAGCCAACCAGAUCUUUGAACUGAUCCAAAGAAAUGAAACUCUUUUCAGGAUGUGCUUCCUCCCCGCAACCUGUUGGGUCAUUGGUUCCAUUUUCCAACAAAACCCACAGGCAGAACUCCUUCAAGAUAUCCCUGAAACUGCAACACUCACCAAAAUUCACCUGCGUCUCCUCGAGUUUUUUGGGUACCAAUUCCAGGCCAAGUCACCUGGAAGAGCUGUGCUCUUUAGCAAAAGAUGGAAUACUCCACAGAACGUUGGUCUUCCAUGAAGAAGAUGUUCAGGUGGAAACCUUGACAGAUUCACUCACCUGAGUUUCCAGGAAUUCUUUGCAGCCUUGUUCUACCUGCUGGACACUGAGGAGACCACUGGGGCACCUUACCGAGACCUGAGUGAGGUAUUUGGAGAUCAGAAGGAGCGCACCAGCAGGUACCUCGUGUUGAUCCGUUUUCUCUACGGCUUGUGCAACGUGGAAAGGAUGAGUGUCCUUCAAGAAUUGUGGUCCUUCAAACUAUCCAGGACUAAAGUUUGGCCAGAAUUGCUAAGGUGGGUGGAUCAGGAAGCCAAAACUCACCCCUUUAAAGGGGUAGAGGUUCUGCUGGAAUUGUGUCAUUGUAUUUAUGGCAUGAAGGACGCCGUCUUUGCCCAGAGAGCAAUAAAGGACAUCCACGAUUUGGAUCUCAGAACACAACUUUUGAUCAGGCUGGACCUUAAAACUUUCUCAUUUUGCCUGUCAGUUGCUGAAACUUUGAAUUCGGUCCGUCUCUCUGGCUAUGAGUUUGGACCACAAAGAUUCCAACAACUUUUGCCAGGAUUUCUGAAAUCUUCAGAGAUCCAGUAAGGAGGGACAGUUGAAUUGGCCAUGGGUUCAAAAUAUAUAUCAUUUGUUUGUCCUGGAUCGCAAUCAAUACCGAUAGUCUCUUAGCAGGGGUGGCUGUCAGACUUCUGAAAGAUGCCCUAAUUGAUUCAUGAGCCUCAAGCCAAGUUUCAAAAGCAAAACAGUCGUUUAUUAG